AUGUUAAGUGCGAUUGAUAAGACCUUUUUGAAUAGAAAGGUCUUUCUCUCAAACAUGAAUAUAAACGGACAGAUCAUAUUAGAAGAAAACUUUGAUGAAAACUACCUCCCCACAGAAGAAGAGGUCUUUGAGUAUGCACGGACCAUUGAUAUUGACCCUAUCAAUGAAACUCACUUAAUGUGGAUUGCAAGAGAAGGAAUCAGUGCACCUUUGCCAAAACACUGGAAACCUUGUCAAGAUCCACAUGGAAGUAUUUAUUAUUUCAAUUUUGCCAAUGGAGACAGCAUUUGGGACCACCCUUGUGAUGAGCACUAUAAAAAAUUGGUAGAGAGUGAACGUAGAAAAUCUGCUUUAAUGAAAAAUUCUCCAGCAGAAUCCAAAAAGAUAAAACCUCUUGAUGCAAAAAAGAAGAAGGAGAAAACAGAAAACAAUGACCUUCGAAUUGGAACUCCAAAAGCUAGCUACAGUAUGGGAACACCCUCAUUGCAUAAAGGUAGUCCUACUCUUGCUCCACUCAAAUCUGGGAAUCAGCUAGCACCACUCAGAGGCUCAAACAUCCCAAAUGUAAAGUCAAGUUUGAAUACAACUGGAUCAUCACCCAAGACUGGAAUAUCUCAGAGCAUGAAUGUUACAAGCAGCAUGAGUGUGCCUGUCUAUUCUACUGAAUUUGAAGAUGAAGCAGAGCAGGCUAAUCUGAAUUCUAAAUUCAACUUAAAUGUAGAAGCGCAGGACAUAUCAGCUCUGAAAUUUGAGAAUCCAGUUAAUCCAAUUAUUGUGCAACAGGAAACUGAGAGUGAAAGUGAGGAUUAUGGGAAGGAUGUGGACUUUGGCAUUGAUAAAGGAUUGUCAGAAAAGAUAAUGGAUAUUGAGAAUCUGGAACUGGCAGUGAGGGGAUCUUUGGAAAAGGAUUUUGAAGGUACAUUAUCCAUGAAGUCUUCAGCUCGAGAUGAAGGUGCUGGAAAGAUGAUAAGUCCUUUGAUUGCGGAUACCAGCAAUGAAGAAAGGUUAAUAAGAGCCAAUCUGGCUGCUGUUGCUGCUGAAAGAAGAGCAAAUUUGGAAGCUUCCAAGCUUGAGAUGGAAGAGGAGGAAGAAAAACUAGAAGCAAAGAAAAAACAGUCAAUUCAAGGAUUACAACAGAAAAUGGAUGAAGAACUAAGAAAAACUGAAAUGGAAAUGAGACAGAACAAAGAACGUAGACUGGCAGAGUUGAAGAAAGAGAUCGAGAAAGAAGAAGAGGAAGAAAUUGAAAAAUUAAAGAAAGAAAAAGAACAACACAUUAAAGAUGAACUUGAUGCCAGCUUGGACAAGAUUCGUGAGGAAAUCUCAAGACUUCAUCAAGAAGAUCAAAGCAGUUUGGAAAAAGAAAAAGAAAGCUUAUUGGAAGAUUUAAAAGAGAAAGUGAAGAAGGCUCUCCAAGAGGAAGAGGAAAGAUUGGCUAAUGAGAAACAAAUGCAGUUUGAAAAAAUUUCUGCUGAUUAUCAUGAUGAAUUGGAGCAAAUGAAAAUGGAAUUACAAGAAGAACAUGAAGACAAAAUGGAAUCAGUAAGAAAUGAACUGAUGGCCAAACAUGAAAUGGAGCUAUCUGAGCUUAAAAAAUCCCAAGAAAAAUUACAUGAAGAAAACAUGAAAUUUCAACAAAGAGAAAUGGAGUCAUCCAAACAGAGACAACGAGCAAUGGAAGACCUUGAGAAAGGAUUGGAUGAUGUUCUUAAGCAACGCCGUGAAGACCUCAGACAACAGCAUCAAAGGGAAAUGGAAGAAAUUAAGGCUGAAUAUAAUAGAAUUAUAGAAAGGAUGAAGGAAGACUUCAAAGAACAGGAAGGAAUGCAAAAGAAAUCAUUGGAGGAGAUGCUGUCAGUUGAAUUAAAAAGUAUGAAAAAAGAACACACAAAACAAAUUGAAAACCUAACACAGGAGUUAGCAACUGAGAAAAGCAUAACGCAAGCAAAGCUAGAACGAGAGAAAAAUAUUUUGACCCAAAAGUCACAAGAAUUAAAUGUAUGGAGGACUGAAUUAGAAAAAAUGUCAAAUGAAUUGUCCCUCAAGGAAAUGGCACUGAAAGAAAGAAAGCAAAUGUAUCAAGUGGAACAAAAUGAAAUUAUACAAGAAUAUAUGAAUAUAAAAAAUCCUCAGAAUUUAGAGUUGAAGGAUAAAAUAAAGGGUGAUCAAGCACAGUCGUCGUCUGAUGAUUUAAUGGAAGAACCUUAUUUGGCUCAGCAGAAGAGUGGCUUCAAAACCAAAAUAGAUGAAAAACAAGGCAAUCAAUCCAUGUCAAAUAUACAUAUAGAUUCAAGUUUUAAUGUUGCCCCCGACAAUAUGAAACGAAGAAAAUCUGUCCCUUGCCUGUCUUCAAUGACCCGACCUGUUGAGAGUCAAAUAGUAAAUGGCCAUAUGCAUCCUACAGUUUUGCCAGCAUCUUUUGCACAAAGGAACAGCAUCACAAAAAAUUCUGCAUCUUGUGCAUUACUUGAAGAACUACGAAACAACUUAGAAAAUAUAAUUUACAAGUUUGACCAGUUGGAGAGUUGCAUGCAUGCAGAUCGUAAUCGGAUUCAAGGAAGGAACAAAAAACAAGCUAUGCAUAGAAAUUUUGCACAGCCUGUAGUAGAAAGUGACAAUGAUUCCAUGGGUGAGGCUCCACUACCAGAUUCUCAUCUACCCACUGUAGACUUGGAAGCAGAGGGAGAUGAUGAAGAUGAACAGUCCACCACAGAUGAUGACAGUUACAAUAACUUGAUCAAAUUAUUAAAAAAUGCUCAAAGUAAUUCACAGCCUAAAUCUGUGCCUCAAAACAAUGGGGAUGGUAAAAUCCCAAAUGGCAUUUCUCAACCAGACGCUGUUUCAGACAACCAACAUCUGCGAAAGAUUAUUGGAGAUCUUUGUAAACUGAUAGAAAAUGAAUCAGCUUUGUCUGCCAAACAAACACCAGUUUGUUCUAACCCUGUGGAAGCAGCCAAUGCUAUUUUACAAUCCAACGUGCACCUUUCAGAAUUUCCAAACCAUGCUACAAAUAAUACCUCCAAUGUUCAUUUUAUGCAUCAACGAAAUUCAAAACUUGGCAAUAGGUUGGCUUUAGAAGGCCCCAAAUUAACUCCUUCCAAUUUUUCUUUUCAAUAUGUUCCAGCAAAAGAUCUGCUGCGUGAUUUACGAAGGAUCAGCAAUAUAAAACCCACAGUUUCUGCUGCAGACUGGUUGCCUGAACAGAGAAAUCCACUUCCUCGGCAGGAUAAAACCUCAUUAACCAAUUUCACCCAACUUUACACAACUGAUAUGCCAAAUUUAAAUCACCAUAUGGAUAACUUUCCUUCUGAGCCUCUCAGGUCUUCAACUCCUUUAAAAAGGACAAGACCACCUCGUCUCAAGUUGGACAGCAACAACCAAAUAAGUAUACAAUAUCCAUGGAUCUUUCUACUGAUUCUACGCGUCCAAAUUGUCGAUUUUAUUGAUUGUAAAUAUUAUGAUGACAAAUAUGAGUACAGGCACGUCAUUCUCCCAAGUGAUAUUGCCAAACUGGUGCCCAAAAAUCAUCUGAUGACAGAGACUGAGUGGCGUAAUUUGGGUGUCCAACAGUCACCUGGUUGGAUUCAUUACAUGGUGCAUUCUCCAGAACCACAUGUUCUGCUAUUUCGACGGCCAUUAGAAAUUCGGGAAAAAUCCUAA